CUGGAGGUGGCUGUCCUGAAUGCAGGAAGGGAUGGGAAAUGUCAAACCUUACACUGAACCCAAUGGUGCUUUGGGGUCGGAGCACAACACGGCUGCUGGAGCUGCAGUGUUUGGAGAGCAAACAGAGCUUGAGGAGGCUCUGUAGGGCGGGACUGAGCUGGGUGCUGUGUGCUCGUGGAGUUUCUGUGGGGAGCAUUGCUGCAGUUCUUCCAAAAGACCGAUCAGUGAGCAGCUUGGGCAAAGCAGAUCUGUGUGCUUCGCUCAGGGUUGGGUCCCCAAUCCCAAAUGCACGUUUUCAUCCCGAUGAGUUUCAUGGCUGGUUGGUGUCCGGAUGGUGUCCAUAUGGUGUCUGGAUGAUGUCCAGAUGGUGUCCAGGUGGUGUCCAAUUGGUGUCUGGAUGGUGCUGUGAGUUCCAGAAGAGGGUUUGCUGCUGGAGAUGGGCUGGAUCUCUCAGCUGGCAGAGCGGAGCCCACGUGACGCCUUUAAUUCCUGUAUCCGCGGCACGAAAAGUCAGAAUCAGGAAAUCUUGAAAGGAAAAAAAAGAAAAAACACCCGGCGAACCAAAGGUCUGCCCAUCUGCUCUGCCCGAGCACCGCACGCAUGGUAGCCGCCCGGGGCCACCAGGGAUGCAGUGAGGUGGCCAACACACAAUGGCCCCAUCUCGCACCAACGGGUCACACUACGCACUGACAGCCAUCGGGAUGGGGAUGCUCAUCCUGGGCAUCAUCUUGGCUGUGUGGAACAUUGUGCCUGGCUUCGGACACCCCGAUAAACCCAAUGCUGGGAAUAGCAGCAAGCCCGACCGCGGUGGUGGGGGCAUUUUUAAGAGCAAGACGUUUUCUGUGGCCUACGUGCUGGUUGGGGCAGGUCUGCUGCUGCUGCUGCUGUCUCUCUGCUUGAAUGUCCGUGACAAGAAGAGGCAGAGCGAGGAUAUCCCCAGGGUGGUGCAGCACCAAGCAUCCGUGGAGCCUUCGCAGCAGGAGGAGGACAGCCAAGAAGAGGAUGAAGACGUGUCCUCCCGCUACUACGUCCCCAGCUACGAGGAGGUGAUGAAUACAGGCUACUCAGAACCCCACGACCCGGAGCAGAACCGCAGGAUCAGUGUCUCACUGCCCUCCUAUGAAUCACUGACAGGGCUUGAUGAGGGCACGCAGCCCCCAGGAGCAGCCAGCGCAGAGCCUGGCACCGAACGGCCACCAGGCCGGCACAACUCGCGUCUCAGCAAGCGCCUGAAGCCCCUCAAGGUGCGGAGGAUCAAGUCGGAGAAGCUGCAUCUCAAGGACAUCAGGCUCAACCUCGGUGAUGGGAGCAGCACUGGCCCCAUCACAAUUGAGCCUUUGACCCCACCUCCAAAGUAUGAGGAUAUCCAGGAAAAAGCACCUGGAAGCCAACAGUUGACUUAGGAAGGACGGGUUGGUCAUUGCGCGGAUUGGAAACGCUCGGAGAGGGCUGGUCAUGGAGUGCAGAAGUGUUGGAUGCUCUCUGGAUGCUGAGGUGCUGAUGUGGAGGGAACUGCAGCAUUGCACAAAUAGGAGUGGGUCUUCCCAGGACAGCGUUGUGUCAAACACCACGGGGAAACGAUGAUGUUGUGAAGGAUGUGAAGGCUGGAAGAGUCAGACGUGUGUUCUGCGUUGUUUUAAGUUAAGGACCACCUAAUGUGUCUUCUCUCCUUUGUGCCUUGCCCCAGCAAUGGAUUUCCAAGCCACCAAACUGCUAUUUAAUAAGAAUUUUCCAAGAGGAAAAAGGGAAAUGUUCUGUCUUUCUUUUUUUAUGUCUUUUGUUUUUGAGCAAGGCAAGUAAAAGUGUCAGGUUAGUGAUGUAGCUGUCACCACUCCAGACACCAGUGGGGUUGGGGAUCGUGGCACAGGGCUGGCCAAAGUGCCUGUGGUGUUGCAUGCUUGCUGGUGCGAAGAGGAAUGAAACAAGCCUUUAAGCUUGUCUGACCUAUAGGCUUUACCCAUAGGAGGUUUCUUACUGGCAUCACUGUCCAUUCUCCUGUAGGAGAGGACUGUAUUUCUUGCCUCAGUGGUUUUCUCUUUUGUGUGUUGUGCUGCAAAUCGAAGGGACAGUCCGUCUGGGGCUGGAAACUGCCAUAGUGUACAACUGCCAAGAGUUGUUCAGGGUGUUCUGGGUGAAAUGACAAGACCAUACAGUGCAAGCAGUCCUUUUCUAAAUAAAUAUUUUAUACGUGG